UCGGAGGCGCAGACAAGUUCGCUGCGAGUUGGAGCCGGCAGCCCGCGGUGCCUGGGCUGUAACCUGACACCGGGGAGAGAGCGGAGGAGGAGAGAAGACCCCGCAAGGGAGUAGGAGGAUGGUGACCGCCGCCGCCGCCUAGCCGGACUUCGCGGCGGCGUCCGGGACUCGCGCUGCGAGCCGGGCUCAGGGCAGCCGGCCAUGGGGAGGGGGCAGCUCGUGUGAGCUCCCGCUAACUUUCCCCCCAGCCAGGCGGAGCGGGGCAGGCGGAUGGAGGAUGCGCUGUCCCCGGCGGGCUGUGUGACCAGGGGGCGGCGGCGGGGACGAUGAAGAAGCAGCCGCAGCAGCACAGCAGCAGGGGCUGCCAGGAGCCCCGGCCCCAUGUGGCCCCUUCAGCUGGAGGGGGGCCCGGGCAGGGGGGUGCCUGGAGGAGGCGGCGGUCCCUCUCGCUGCUGCCUUUCCUCUCGCUCCGCGACUACGGCUUCUGCAUGGCCGCCCUGCUGCUCUUCUGCUUGGGCUCCCUCUUCUACCAGCUCAACGGGGGACCCCCGCACUUUCUGCUGGACCUGAGGCACUAUCUAGGAAAUUCCACUUACUUGGAUGACCAUGGACUACCCACACGCAAGGUACUUCCCUUCAGCCUUGCUGCAGACCAGAGAUGA